AUGAGCCGCUUAAGCUACAGUGAGACCCGGGAUGGCAUAGUGCUCGGCGUGUCUGAGGAAGGGGUAGAGACGAAAGGGCCGUCAAACAGCGGUGGCAAACGAAAGCGAGCGCGGGACGACGACAUCGAUGGCGUGGCGGAAGCAGAAGCGAACGGCGGGAGUGGUGGGGCGGCGAGCCCGGGCGCAGACUCACUCAGCUCUUACUCACUCAUGGGUGUCGCCGACGGAAACGACGGCAAAGAUGCUGCCGGAGGGGUAAGCAAGGUAGAGGUGGAAGCAGCGGCUGCCGACGGGGCACCAUCGUCAUCGGCUGAUGGGAACGCCGGUUCUGGUGCUGAUGCACCUGCUGCUGACGACGACGAUGAUGAGGUGGUAGAAAUACCGCCGCCGUCAGCGGCACCGGCAGUUAUGGAGCUGUCGGAGGAAGCAGACUGCGACUCAGGAGGUUUCAACUCUGGUCCACCAGGUACAGCUGCGGCCCCUAUCUCGAUAGAAUCUGGUGAGGCUCCGCAGAAGAAGAGCAAGGGUCGCAUAUCGAAAAAAAAGCAGAAGGCUGUCGCGAAAGAGUUGGAGGCUCAGCAGGAAGACGGCGACGAUGGUAGUGGGAGCGUAGGAAGCGGAGAGCAACGCCCCAGCAAAAAGGCCAGGAAAUCGGCCGGUGCAAAGGCUAAAGACAGCGACGGUGGCAGCGAAGGCGGCAGCGACGACGAUACCAGCGAGGGGGUUGACGCCGAUGAGAGUAAGGGUGACGACGGUGGGGACAGCGGUGAAGGGGACGGGUUGGAAGGGCCAGUUUUGUUCGCGGUGGGCCAGCCGAUGUCCAAGAAGAUGAGAAAGAUGGCGAAGGGUCGCCUGUCGAAGUGGGCCUUGAAGUUCACGGGAACGAGGACCUACGCGCCCCCGGCCGUGCCGGUCAUCGAGCCAAUCAACGACGACUAUCUCGCCAGCUUCGGGCGGUCCUACGCCGAAGCAAAGAGCCUCACUGCCCAGGACAAGAAGGAGAACACAGCUACGCAAGACGACGACGGCGACGACGGCGACGAUGGCGAUAGCCAAGCCGGCGACGAAAAUGGUGGCGGCGGCGACAAGGAAGGCCCUUCCGACGACGAGAAGAACAGCACUGCCGAAAAGGAUGCUGCGGGCCGUGAAGCGGCCAAGACUGAAGGUUCGGGCUCGCCGACGAAGAAGAACAGUCUCCGCGGCGGACGGAAGAAGCACGGCGUGUUCGUUGUGAAUCUGCUGUACACCUUGUGCGACGAGGAGAAGCUGGAAAGUCUCUUCAGCGCGUUCGGGCGAGUUACUGCGGUCGUGCUGACCAGACCCCCCGAAGGACAAAAGGUGUCCGGCAUCGCUAGCGUGUACUUCGACACGGCGGAGGAGGCGCAGAAGGCACUAGCCGCGGACGGCAUGGACAUUCGUGGACGCUGUGUCGGCAUACGAGAGGUGAGGCUGAGUGUCGACAAGAGGUACUUCGUCGAGCCUGAACAGGCGGCCAAGGCUACCAACAAAGCUAAGCCCCUGGAGGAAACGAGGUGCACCCUGUGUGGGGCGAUUGGGCACGACGACGAGGAGGGGCACCUCGCGGACGCCUGUCCCUAUGUUGAUGUGAUGGAGGAGGGACCCGAACCCUACUGCUCGGUGUGCGGCAAGGCUGGUCACUCGAUCGAUGCUUGCGAGACGGCUUGCAAGGGCAAGUCGCAGCUCAAGUUCAGCUGCAUCACCUGCAGAGACGAUGGCCACACUCAGUGCGGAAAGGAGACAAUCUUGGUGUUCGGGAACGAGAGAGGCCACGCCAUGACGUGCUGCAACUGCGGCCUGGAACGCCACGACUGGCGUUCCUGCCCUCAUCAGACGGAGGCUGAGAUCCUUCGGGAGUGCGGCUACAGGUUCAACAGCUCUGCGGGUGGGGGCAACCGACGGAAGUCGACGGGAGGGGGGGGCAAGACCUACAUGGUGUGCUACAAUUGCGGCAAGCAGGGGCACGGCAAAUCGGAAUGUCCGGUACCGAGGCAAACCCAGACCCCCGGUCGCUUCGGAACCCAUCACAAUGGGGGAGGUUACCAUCAACAUCAGCAAGAGCGCGGCGGCACACACAACCGGUACGAGCACCAGAUGGCUUCUCCGACGGACUCGCGAUCAUCAUUCCCCAGGUGGGGUGACAAUGGCGCCGUUAGCAAUGGCGGCUCCAGCAGCGGCACUCUUCACCGGGCGUACCACCCUGGAGGCAACUUUGGCAGCGACAGCAGCGGCGGCGGCGGCGGGAGGAGGGUGGAGGAUAGGCACAGGAGCAGCGGCCACCGUGGGGAGAGAUACAGCAGCAGCAGGGGCGGAGGUGACAGGCACAGCGGGGGUGGGUCAUCACGGGGUCAGAAAGGAGGUUACCACUCGUACAGCAGAGACCAGCACCAGCCGGCUCCAACCCCGUCACCUUCUUACAGCCAUCACAGUAGUGGUAGUCAUCAGUGUUCUCGCUACAGCAGCGGACAGCCAUACUCCUCCGGCGGGCAGUCAUACUCCGCCGGCCGACGUGGGGGCGGGACAAGGGACGCGCACGCCAGUCCUAGAAGCUACGGUUACUAACUAUCGCAAUGAACUUUGUGGCAGCCAGGAUGGUGGUGGUUGUGGAUACUUUGGAGGACCCUGAUGAUAGGAUUCACGGCCAUUCAAGCACGUGAGACAGGCUCGCGCCAUUUCCACCUGCUACCUGUUGAUUGUCUAGAGGGAGCGCUGUAUACCCACGGUCACGACCGUUUAUGGGGUCCAACACUCGCACCUGAAGGGCUUGAUGCACGAUGCCGCCUCAACAGUGUCCUCCCUCUGCGGUAGUUGCAGUAGAUGGAAUAGCCCGGCUGCCCCCUCCCGCGAAGAGACCCUCCAUACCCAACACGAAGAGAACCGCGAGGGAACAUGAUGUGCCCUAGCGAUCCUUUACGUGGUAUUGUAGCCCGCAGGGUUUUGAUAACACCACGGUCUUUUGUGUUUAUUGGGUUGUGUUGUGUUCUGUUUUUUACGCUUUUCUAAAUAUUUGUUCGGUUUAGGUGGUCCACUGGCAAACCUUGUGACAAGGGGUGUGUGGUCUCAGUCCAAAUUGACGAACUACGCUUGAGCGAACGCUCAACGUUCCUUGUCGACGGGGAGAGGGAAGGAGGUGUGCAUGCAGUGCAAACCAUGCAAGCCACGCGAGCCACAGGAUUUCCGAGAAAUUCGUUCUCCCUACCCUCGCGGGAAAAUCGUUGCCAAGGGCCUAUGGUGACUGUGGACAUGCGAAAUUGUCCCAGAAUUUCUUCUGGCAGGGCACGGUUGAUCCCUCUGCCGGUCCGACAAAUGUGGGAACUUAAACUUACGCCCUGCCAUAAGAAAGAGGGUAAUUUCGUUACUUGUGGAAAAUGAUGUGCAAACUGCCGAGAGGUCUACUGUAGCUAUCCGCGUUAAACCCGGGACGGCGCCGUGCUGAGUGUACAUGACGGUACCGUCCUCUCUUGUUGUAAUUGUUUCGAGUGCGGCAGGGUGUUGUUUGCAGUUCAGACGCAGAUAUCACGUGCACACGUGAGACACGUGGUAGAAUAGUGCAUGUUGUCGCGGAAGCGUCGGAAUUUCUUUGAAUAGUGUCCCAUCUCGCACAAGAGGUUCGGCUUCCGCCCUCGAGACGUUUGGCGUCCUCAAGUCUCGCUUUGUUUCUUACCGGACCAAAGGACAAGGACUCACAAGCAAGCCUCUUUGGCAAAUGGCGAACUUUUUGUUGGUGCUUCAUUUGCGAAGAGGCCGCGAUCAGGGACGAACGGGCAAAUGACGCACCGGGUGUCCAAACCUACUGCGCAAGGAUGUAUAACUAAGCAUGCAUGCGUUUUGUAGACAAGACGAUGUACGUGUGUUGUCUAACAAUAAGCCCGUAUUGAUUGAGGGGAGGCAGGUGCCGAAAAAAACACCCAACCACGCCG